AUAUGUCCAAUUAUUAUUUAAUAUAAUGAUAUCAAAUUUUGGAUUGGUUUAAUCUAUCUGUGUUGCGAAUUUUGUAUUUAUAACACGGUGGAUACAUCAAUACAAAAUUUUCUUCGCGGUAAUAACAUUAGUGUGAAUCAGCGCUCUCUGUUUCUUCUACCAGAAGCUAUUAGAACAUGUCCGAAGUUGUUUAAUAACCUAUAAACGGCAUGGCAAAGGAAGUACAUAAAUGUUUGAUAAAUUAUUUCUCACAGUUAGAGAAAGUAGAUUGCAAGUGGAAUGAAUUAUCCGAGGAAGCUAAACGGCCUCUACACGCGUUGAGAAAUCAAUCAGAGCAACUCCGACUCGUCAUAAGUGGCGAGGUUGAUGAUGCAGAACUCUGUAAAGUAGAUGAGCUACGCGAAAGAUUGAUUUUUAAAAUUCUUAUGGGGAUCGACAAUGAACUGACAUUGCUGUUCAACAUUUUAACGCAAUUCAAUAACAUUAAACAAAACUUAAAAAAUCGUUUAAACAAUCUGGAAGAUGCACGAAGCAAGGUUUCGCCAGACGAGGGAACAAUGAAGGAAUUAAUUAAUGGAACACCCUAUAGACCACGAUUAAAUUUACUCUUAGAAUGGGCUAUUAAAGCUUUCAAUUACUACCAUGAAUUAUAUCUUCUGAUCGAUGGAAAUAUGAAACAAUUCAAUUACAAAGAUGAAGAUACGAUUGAAAAUUUAACGAAGUCUUUUGUCGAGGACCGGUUUAAAAGAGCGCAGAUCGAACGUAUACUAUAUUUCACGCAAUUCUUAAUAAAAGAGUCUUUACGUUAGAAAUUUUUUUUUAUUGCGUAUAACUACCAUAAAUCUUUAUAAGCAAAUAUUUUUAGAGUCUGCAAUAUUUUAUAUAUAAUUAGAAUAAAGAAAAAUAUCUGUAUUUAUAUUA